CCUUCGGUUAACAAUAGUGUUUACAAAAUUAAAAUGGGAUCGACGUGGCAGCGGGAACGAUUGAAUUUAUUGGUGCCAAUUGCAUUAAUUUGCUUUGUGCUCCUUAUUAAGACAUCCAGCGCACAAGAAGCACAACAGCCAUGGUACGAGAAUUUACCCGCCGUCGCGAUGGAUUACAAGGUGCAUAUAGACGCCGGUAAGGAGGACUGCUACCAUCAAUAUGUGCAGGCGGGAGCCACUUUCUACGUCUCAUUCAGUGUGGUGCGCGGAGGGGAUGGCAUGGCCGGAUUUGCUGUGCGCAAUCCAGCUAAUGAAGUUGUGAAGCCCUAUCAAUGGCAGGCAACAGCAGAUUACACAGAUCAAGUGUCGCCAGGCGGUUACUACUCCGUUUGCAUUGACAAUCAGUUCUCACGCUUUGCGGGGAAGCUGGUGAACAUCUACAUCACAGUUGUCAAAUACGAUGCAUGGGACAAAUACGCCAAAGAGAUCGAAGAGCUUCAGCUAAACAUGCAAAACUUUACGUCUUCAAUCGGCACCGUUGAGCGUAACAUCAACGACAUGAUUGACUACCAGGCUCACAGUCGGCAUCGCGAGUCUCGCGAUUAUGCGCUCCUGUUGGACAACAAUUCGUACAUUCAAACCUUCUCGAUUAGCCAAAUUGUGGUCAUCCUGAUCACGUGCUCCAUACAGGUUUUCUUUGUACGCAAGCUGUUCGAUGUGAGGACCAGCUCAAAGAGCCGUAUUUAGAUGCUAAUUAUGAUAUUAUUGUGCAGUCGGCCACCAGUUUGCGGCAUUUACCUGCAAAAAGCUGUAAAGAACUAAUACUUUCCCUUUUUUUUAUACGUAUAUUCACUUUCCCCCAGCACUAUAUAUACAUACAAGACAUUCAUUCAUUAUGAGACCCCCUUCCCUAUGAUAAUUAUUUAAUUGUUGGCAUAAGAACAAGUGCAAACUUAACAGACUUUUUAACUACUAUUUGUCAUUUGAGUACAUACAACUUAUGUGAUAAAUGUAAAUGUGUGAGUUUUUAAUUAAAUUAAAAUUGAUAUUUUAUACUUGA